AAGAAAAAGGCACCAACCCAUUUAGAAAAAAAUCGCCACAUAAAUAAAAGUAAAAGCCUUUCCUCUCUUUCAGUUUCGACAUUCCCCAGAAUCUCUCCCCUUUUUGUCUCCAACCAAAAACCUUAAUCACCUUUCUUCAUCGUGAAACAGAGCAUAACAGAGCACAAUAGAGACGUUCGACUCUGUCUUAAUCUCCCGAAAAUCCCCUGUUUCAAUUCUAAAUUUUUGUUCCUGUCGAAGAUCGAUGGAUACCGGUGGAGCAAUUCCGGGUCAAGAAACCGGAUCCGAGUUUCAAAAAUCCGUUAACCCAGAUGGGUUUGUAACGAUCGAUGUCGAAAGUUUCUCUCCUGUUUUCCACAAAGACUUAUCUUCUUCAAGUCCCAGAAUUACUCUGCAGAGAAGUGUUUCCAGGAAAGGGUCUCCAAGAAGCAACAACGAGAGAAAACUCCAUUGUGACGCAAAUGGUAAUGACAAGGAGACCUCAUUUCCUCAGUCCCCACUUAGAGGGUCAAGCACGCCGGAAAAGCCGAGCACCGUGGGCCCCACUGAUCAUGCAGGCACGGCCACAACGGCAGCCACUGCUGUUUCAGCCUCGCCGCUACAUCAGAUCACCGUUACUUCGGCUGCCGCGACUGCAGGAAAUAUAAUAUCUGACCAAAAUAGAGAAAGAAGAUUCGGUUUUGCAAGGAAAUCGAGUUUUAAACGCUCUCACUCUUCUUGGAUGCUUGAUCCGAAGAAAAUCGUCCUCUUCUUUGCAACUUUGUCAAGCAUGGGAUCAAUCUUGUUAAUCAUAUUUACUCUCUCGAUCAGCAAGUCUAAUCUCGAAGAUAUGCCUCUAGACUAAUAGUGAAAAAUACAAGAAGAGCGUAUAUAUACAUAUAAUAUGAUAUGGACCUACCAAAGUUUGUGGCUAUAGAAGAUGCCACAAACUCACCGACCUACAUUUCGAGGAGAUGAACCAGAAGAACAUUACAAAAAAUAAAAAGAGAAGAAGAGCGGAAGGUUGUGAUAAUAAUUAUUUUGUAUAUAUAUUUUUAUAAAAAUGGAAAAAGAAAACAGCAAGAGAGAGAAAGUGGGAAGUGGGCACGCACUAGAACAUAUGAAGAUUGGAAGAGAAAGCUUAAGACAAGAGUUUAUGACUAUUGUGACAAAGACAGAGAAUCUUCUCUUCUGUUCUUUAAAUUAUUUUUUCUCUGUUUUUCAAAUCUAUUUUUGCCUACUAUGUGUUUUAUUUUUUUUCAUUUUGUUGUGUUUCUUGAUGUAUAUAUAUAAAUCAAUCGGCGUGAGCAUUUUUAGUUUUGGUUUGGGUUCACAUGGAGGACAUUUUGAGUCGUGUUAGAAUUGAAUGACAUUGCAUUAUUCCGCUCGUGUGCUUUUUGUGUUUUCUAUCUCUCUUUUUUCUGAUGUCUUCCAUUUCAUUUCAAUUAUAUUUUGAUAGAAAGCAAAGGAGACCAAUUAUUUUA